UCUAAACCCCCAUAAUUUUUACGCAAGCAAUUAUGGCUAUCAGGAAAUCAAACAAGUUGGGUCAAACAGCAGUUAUAAAGCAAAUCCUGAAAAGGUGCUCCAGCUUAGGGAAGAAACAAAGCUACGUCGAUGAGGAAGGACGACUUCCUUUGGAUGUCCCGAAAGGCCAUUUUGCGGUGUAUGUAGGUGAAAACAGAAGCAGAUACAUUGUUCCCAUCUCUUUCUUGAAUCGAACCGAGUUUCAAAGCUUGCUUCAUCAAGCUGAGGAAGAAUUUGGGUUUGUGCACGAGAGGGGACUAACCAUUCCUUGUGAAGAAGAUGUUUUCCAGUCUCUGACAUCCAUGCUCAGCUGA